AUGAGGUUGAGUAAACUGGUUGCUUUCAGAAACACAGAAAGAAAAGGAAGAAGAAGAAGACGAAGAAACACAACUGUGACAGCUGUAAAUAAUUGUUAUUUAUCUGAUAAUUGUUGGGAAUAUGUCUUCACAUUUCUGAUCAACGACAAUCCUCGCUACUUGAAAUCUCUCUCAACCGUCUCCAAACAGUUUCUCUCAGUCACCAAACUCUUCUCUCUAAUUAUCCUCUAUCAAACUUGCACUUUCCUCCCUCGUCUCUUCCAAAGGUUCACCUACAUUACCUACCUUGAUCUUAGUUCCUACAACGGUGACCUCAACGCACUUCUCUGCCAAAUACCUUUUCCAUUAAAUAUCACUUCGCUCAAUCUCUCCAACCAACCUAUCAUCCCCGCUACUGGCUUACGAGCUUUCUCCCAAAAUAUUACAACUUUGAAUUCUCUCAUUUGUUCCAACAUUGCUUCUCUACGUAACAAUGACCUUGUUCUUAUUUCUGAUUGCUUCCCUUUCCUUGAAGAACUUGACUUCAGUAGUAGUAAUCCUUUCGCUAGUAGAGAUUUUGAUAUGAAUGUUUGGGUAAAGACUAUGGCAAUGGUGCUUCCUAAGCUCCGCAAGGUUAAUCUCUCGGGUUAUUAUAAUAUAGACGACUCGUCACUUUUGCAUUUAUGUAAGAAUUGUGAGUUUCUUGAAGAGGUUAUGAUGUUGAAAUGUCCAUUUUUAACUCAUGAUGGUGUCGCUUCUGCUAUCCGUGAGAGACCUACUUUGAAGUCUCUAUCCGUUAGAUGGAGAACAAAUGGAAGCCAUGACAACAUUGGUUCAAACUUCAUUGGCUCGUUGGUGAGUUUGAAUGGCUUAACUUGUCUUAAUUUGUCGUCUUUGCGCAUCUCGGAUGAAUUGCUUUUUUCUAUUGCAAUGGGAGGUCUUCCUUUGAGAAGACUUGUCCUCCAAAAUUGCACCGGCUAUAAUUAUGUUGGAAUAUACUCUUUGUUAUCCAAGUGUCGUAUACAACAUUUGGAUCUUCAAAAUGCCACGUUUAUGAAUGAUCACGAUGUCGCAGAGUUGUCUUUGUUUCUUGGUGAUUUGGUGUCUAUAAACCUUAGUGAAUGUAGCAUGCUCACAGACUCGGCCAUGUUUGCACUCGUUAGGAAUUGUCCUUCACUUAUUGAGGUCAAAAUGGAACACACAAGUUUGGGGGAAAAGAGUGUAGAUAAUUCUAAUUUUUCGAUGGAUUGUGUUUUAAACCAUCAAUUAAAGUCACUCCAUUUAGCUUGCAAUUUUCAGUUACUAAAUGAAAACAUCAUAUUGUUUGCUUCCAUUUUCCCCAAUUUGCAAUUUCUUGAUUUGAGCUCCUGCCAUAACAUAUCUGAAGAAGGUAUUUGUGAAGUUCUAAGGAGAUGUUGUAAGGUUAGACAUUUGAAUUUAGCCUACUGUUCAAGAGUGAAACUACUUAGAAUAAACUUUAAAGUUCCUGAAUUAGAGGUGUUUAACUUGUCACAUACAUGUGUUGAUGAUGAAACACUCUAUAUGAUCUCAAAGAAUUGUUGUGGGCUUUUACAACUGUUUCUGGAAAAUUGUGAUGAAGUCACAGAGAAUGGUGUGAAACAUGUAGUCGAAAACUGCACACAACUCAGAGAAGUCGAUUUGGGGGUUGUGAUAAUGUGAAUGCCAAUGUUACUGCAUCGGUGGUGUUUUCAAGCACGUCAUUAAGAAAGAUUUUUUUCUUGGUAAACGAAAAGUUAUCCUCUACGUGCAACUAUGAAGACUAAUCCCUCGAGGUAAUUGAGAUCCAUUUAAGAGGCUAACCUCUACAAAUACAUGUUUUUCCAUAUGCACCAGCAAAUGAUCAAACUUUGGAGCAAAUAGUUAGAGACCCAAAUAUCUACCACUUGUGCCACAUUAUGUCAGUGUUUUAAGAUUUACUUCUAAGAGAAAUUACUUUUCUUUAAAUGUCAACUUACAAAUGUGUAUUUACUUAUCACUAUGCAUUAUAAUGUAAUUUGUUGGGUGUUAUAUGCAAUUUUAAUUUUUAUUGUUUUUCUUCAAUUUGCCUUAAAGUAUAUUACUCGAAGAAGAUUCUUGCAUCAUGCUUAUUACAGCCCUCAUUGGCAGUAUGAGUUUUGCAUACUUGUUAUAACAUGCUGCAUUUGUUUUUUCUAGCAAGUAACAAUUUUAAACAUAAAUUUAGGUGUUUGAGGCAAGACUUUUUGUCCAGGUUACAUAAUCCAUUAAGAUGUUCAAUGUAUGUAUGAUAUUCUUGCCAUAUGUUUGCCAUCUAACAGCAGAAUUAACUAAGAAAAGGGUUUAAUUGAUCAUAUUUAGCAGCCUAAUUGGGUAUGGUUUUUUAAAAUUGCACACCAUCUUUGCACAUGUUAUAAUCAUUAGUAAAAAAUAGUACAAAAUUUCAUGGUUUUCUCCAUUCGUAACCCUGCCGUCGCAACUUCAACUCUGCCAUAAUUAUUCCCCUCAGCCGUCUCUGCUUGCAUUUCAGCUAGGUCAGUUUCUUUAUUUUUAAAUUUCUUUGGCUUAUUUCUUCUGAUUUACACUGUUAAUUUUGUUUAUUUCUUGUGUGGAUGAGAAAAACACAAAGUUGCUCUAACACAUCUCAAACUUUCAUUGCCUUCAAAGUUCCGCAUUUGUUUUUCAUUCUUGCACUACUGAUCGAUUGCGAUAUCCUGUAAUAACACCAAUAAGUGGGUUUUAUUGUGAAGAUCAUGACUGGUAUUAUCUUUUCAACUUCAAUUCUUCAUCAUUUUUAAAUUUUAUUUUCUGUCAUGAUCGGUUUGUAUUGGUUUUCCUGUGUUGUGGAACUUGUAAGAUAAUUACAUGUUUCUAAGAACUGAUUAUUUGAUGUAAUUCAAGUCAUAUAUGCAUUUACCUAGGUUGAAAAAAAAAGUUGGAUGUGAUUUUAUUUUUUAAUUCCCUUUGUUGGGGGUCUUUUGUGAUGCUGAACUGCCAAGGGAUAUUACUGUAUCAAUUGAGAGUAUUUCACAUCUAAAAGCCAUGGUUAAAUGGAGAAAUUUUUGCUUCAUUUGCUUGCUUGUCUAUAAAAGAAGAGGUGACAAGAAACAAAGCCUUGUAUCCAUUUUCAUUUUCCCAUCAAAGUUGUACAUUAUUCACAUUUGCAUCAUUUUAUUCCCCUUUAACCAAUUUGUCCACUGUUUCAAAUUUGAUGGGGGGUUUAGGAAUGAAGCUCUUAUUUUAGCAGGUGUAUCAGGGAGUAAAAGUUUGACAGCUUUAUUCUCGUGUCUAGGACCCAUGUUUUCCUUGCUUAAUUAUGCAGGUUGUGGGUGGGGCGUGAUUGGCAUUUUGUUCUUAGUUUUGAUUGUGCAGUUUUGUUUCAUAGGAUCUUUCUUGCUAUGUUAGUUUGUGGCUGGAUUGAGUUUUCUUUGCCACAUCCUUUUAAUCGAAUAUUGUUACUUUUCCUAGCUUUUUUUUCCGCUAUGAUUAUUUUUGUAGAUCUGUUAUUGCUCCAAACUGCUGAAUCAAAUAAAGAUAUAUUCACACCUGAUAUCACAGUAUUCAGUGCUCCAUUUUUUAAACUCAAGCUGGCUUAAAAGAUUUGCCGCAACUUUGAAUAUACGGGGUAAUACAUCACCAUAAACUCAUAUAACCGCAAAGCAUCAACUUUUCCACAAAACUGAAAUUCCUCUUCAAAAACCACUCCCGAUCAAAGACAUAACAACGUUCGAUUUUCCUAGUAACAUAUUUUUAAUGAAAAUUUUCCCUCCGCACAUCCUAAGUGAAAUAUAUGAGCACUAUCCCCUGACCAUUGUAGUCAAGAUCGAGUGCUGGUUCGUAGGAUCAUACGAUCCUACAUCCACGGCACCUCAAUCGUGCUUUG